AUGCAACGGAUACAUCUCAUCGGCAUCCUCAACCAAGACAAACAAGGGCAACAGAAGCCAGACCCAUUUAAUGCCUACGACAACAUCGCCACUCUCGAGUGCAGCCCGCUCUCCAUCAUCAGCUGUGGGAGGCUAUAUGAAUGGAUUACCCAACAGGCACUUAACUCAAAGUCCCCCUCAGCACAGGGGAAGGACUCUGGGGAGGAGGAGGGACGUCGGCAAAGUAAAAGGAGCCUCAGCAACAGCUCAACGGUGGCCGCUGCGUACGUUUCUUUCCUCAAUAAACUCUUUGGACAGGAGAGAGCGCUGAUGCCAGAGGAGUUAGAUGAGCUCCAGGAGGCCUUCAAGGAAUUUGACUAUGAUGCGGAUGGCUUCAUCCAUUACAAAGACAUCGCAGAGUGCAUGAGGACCAUGGGCUACAUGCCUACAGAGAUGGAGAUCAUCGAGAUCAUCCAGCAAAUCAAGAUGAAAUGGGGCGGUCAUGUAGACUUUGAUGAUUUCUGCGAUUUAAUGGGGCCGAGGAUGCUGGCUGAGACUGCUCAUAUGGUCGGGCUGAAGGAACUCCGCUGCGCCUUCAAACAAUUUGACUGUGAUGGUGAUGGAAAGAUCACGCUUGAUGAGCUGAAGGAUGGCAUGAAGAACCUCCUUGGGGAGAAACUAAAGAAAGGCGAGCUGGAGGAGAUCCUCUCCGACAUUGACAUCAACAAAGACGGCAACAUUGACUUUGAUGAGUUUGUUAUGAUGCUUUCUGCACGAUGACCUCUGAUGGAAGAAGAUGGAGCAUACAACACUGGAUUCAUGAAGACCAAUUCUUCCUGCUGUUAUGUGUUUACAUUUAAAAUGUCUGAUUGUAGACAAGUCAAAAAAAAUCUGUUUAUAUUUUCCUAAUAAAAGUUGAGUUUGAGUAAGUGCAGAGGGUAAAGGGUGAGUUAUGAAACACUUAACUAUUUGUAACAAUAAUGCUGCACUGUCGCCCCCUUGUGGUUAGAAAGUGUACACACUCUUAGGUCUCCAAAAUAAAGGCUAGAUUCAUUUUAUUUACCCACUCAUUUCAUUUUCACUUCAGUUUCAUGGAGGACUGUAGUAUAUCUAACAGUUUUGGUUAUUUCAUAUUAGAUGUUAGUUUGUUUGUUCUCUCAUUCUCUGUGCUGAUUUGAAGAAGGAGGGAAAAAUGUGAUGUCAGAUACUACAAUGCACCUAUCACUGCAUUAGCAUUUGAUUAAAAUCUGAUCAAUAUUCUUCAGAUUUUUUAUUGUUUACACAUAAUAUUCAAGGUUAUCAAGCAAUACUCCAGUAUGAUGCUACGGAUUGCUCAACGUCUUCUAUUAAAGUGGUCAAACAGUGGAAACUGAGGCUGAAGUUGAAAA